AUAUUGUGGGAUUUCCAUUGUGUGAAUGUGCAGCACUGGGUGCGAAGCGUUCAUCACGUCUCUGCUGUACACUGUUUGUUUUUACAUGACACAUUUGAUAUAUAAAGACUGCAUAUAAAUCUCGGUAAUACAAUGCUCUCCUCUAUUCCACUGUUUAUUGCUUUAUGGAUGGCUGGUGGCUUUUUUGAGCAAGGAACAUGUGCUGUGCAGAUCAGAAGACCGCUGAGAAUAGCCAAGGUUGUAGGCUUCUCCUGGGAGAACUGUGGGAAGGCGGAUGAUCCAGCUGUUAUGAAGAGUCUCAGUUUGUCUCCAGAUCCCAUUAACAUUCCCGGAGAUUUGACAGCAAGUGCAGCUGGGACGACCUCAGUGGCCCUGGUGUCUCCUGUCUCUCUAAAUGUUACUCUGGAGAAAGAGGUGGCUGGUUUCUGGGUCAAGGUUCCAUGUUUGGAGGAGCUUGGGAGCUGCCACUAUCCGGAUGCCUGUGAUAUAUUGGACCAGCUCAUUCCUCCGGGUCAGGACUGUCCUGAGCCUUUACACACGUACGGCCUUCCCUGCCACUGCCCCUUUAAAGCAGGUGACUACUCUCUACCUCAGUCUGUUUUCUCUCUGCCAAAAGUGGAGCUGCCUUUCUGGCUGACCAAUGGCCAGUACCGUGUCCAGGGAGUGCUGGGAAACUUGGACAAAGAGCUUGGAUGCCUUAAAGUUACCCUCACUCUACACUCAGAUUAACUAACCAAGCCGAGAGGUGGCAAUUUGGAAUCAUGCUGAAUUGUGGAUUUACUAAUAGGAAUACAUGCUUUUUCAUUGUGAUCAGUAGAAAUAACACAAGUAGCCCGGUUUUAAUUGGUGCAGUUCUGAGCCUGUUUUUGAUCUAAAAUGUUUUUAAUACAUAAAUAUUGGAACAGUGAAAAGGUUGUGCACUUUAAAAAUGAUUUGGUAGUUAACAUUAAUUGAGAUUUAAUUUUAAUUGAAUGAAUGAAACAAUCAUUUUUAGCAUUUGCUAUUGUGUCUUUCAGGGCAAAAUGUCAUCUCAUAUGUUUUGAAUUUGUUUUGUGAAGACUACUUGUUUGUAUGGUUUAUAUUUCCUAUUUACUGUCACCGUGGGAGAAAAAAGGGUUUUUUUUAAUUGCAUGAUGUAAAUCUUGUGACGAGGAACAUUCUGAUAAUAUCAGUGUUGCUCAAGUCUGGGCUUUUGCCUAAAAAUACUUUUUAAAAUAUGAAUAUAGAUGAAACAUUUCAUUUAUAACCCUUUGUCAUUUGCCAGUUUCAUUAAAAUUAUGUUAGUUAAA